AUGACGUCGGCCGUCGGCAUCGUCUCACAUGCCGAGGCCCUUUUCGCAUUUGAGGAUCCGAGUCAAAGUGCCGCCCUCCCCUCCCCCAUAUUCUUAUCUUUUCUUUACUUCUUCUCUUCCCAACCCUAUGAACAUCUCCGACCUACCGACUCGUCACUGUGGUGCACUCCCUCAGUAGUCCCCUCCGUCCGAGUCCGACCUCCAAACGAGGUCUCGCGCGCCGUUAUGGAUGCGCUCAUUUCCCGCCUGGACGCCCUCGUUCUGAACCCCGAUCUCGCACCCUUCUUGUCGCUGUUGAAAGGUGCGCGCAAUGGCGUCGUUUACGGGUCGAAAGUGCGAUUUCCGCAUGCGCUGGUUAUGAUCUUUCUCUUCCGAUCUGGAACAUUCCGAGAAAAGGUCAAGCUCGUCUUCAAAGCGACACGCCAGCAUGCUCGAAACCUAGCCACAUUUGCAAUCAUAUACAAGGCUUCCAUGAUUAUUCUACGGAACAUUUCCCCCGCAGGAUCCGGGAAGGAAGGCCGUUAUGACAGCUUCUUUGCGGGUUUGUUGGGUGGAUACGCGGUCUUUGGCCGGCAGCGGGGAAGCAUUAGCCAGCAGAUUGUCAUUUAUGUCUUCGCCCGCGUUAUGCUCUCCCUCGCCAAAUUGUCCGUCGAACCUAACAUGCACCCGCUCUCCUCCCUCAUCACCCCCGAAUCCCGCGCCCAGAUCACCAACAAUGCCUGGCCUGCCUUUGCCAGUCUGAGCUGGGCAUUCGUCAUGUAUCUUUUCCGAUGGUACCCGGAGACCCUGGCGUCCAGUUUGCGGAGUAGCAUGGUCUACAUUUAUGCGGACUCGGAUCACUGGGAUUCGUUCCGGACCUUGUUCAUACACAAUAAAUGA